UUAUCAGAGAUACUGAUUCAAGGCUUUCAGGCACAGUUCUUUGUUAUCUCUUAUAAAGUCUAUUCCGAAAAUCAUUUCGAUAAAGGGUAUGGAAAAGUUCAUCGAGUAGGCGUUUUUUUAUCAUCGCACUCCACAUCCUUCCCUUUGAACAGUUUGUCAAAUCUCGCAGAUGGAAAACCAUCCAACAUGGCAAAAUUAAUUUACAAACGAAAGGAUCUAAAAGUUAAGUUAUUGGCUCUGAGAAUCACUGCUUCAGAAUGGAUUCUGGCUUCGGCCCUAUGGAUCUUGAGGAAACCAGAAACUUCGACGAUAAAUUAA